AUGCCCAAUAAGAAGCGCCAUCAUGCUGACCGGAGAGAUGUAUUCGGUAGAGACAUAUCAUACUUAGCUAGUUGUCUCCCCAAUCUGGAUAAUUUGAGGAGCAUCGAUCUCUAUUCUCAUGAACUGGAGAGUGGGUAUAGUCCCCUUCAUGUCACAUUAAGAGAGGGUCACCUAAGGAAAUCUUUCCAAUUAUUUAAAAUAUGGCAGGAUGAAAUGGAAUAUUUAUCACAUAAGUAUGGUGGUCACGUACUUAACCAAAUGGAUCGUGAAGGACUCACACCAUUAGAACUAUACAAUAUAGAAUUAAGGAGGUCAAUAAGGAAAUAUCCCAAAUUUAUCGCUUACAAUAAAGAUAAUAUUCUAACUCGAAACGAAAGUCUUACCACUCUAAUCACAUGGGACAACGAUGAUGACAAUAUACCUUGGAAAAUUAAAUCUGAUUUUAUGAAGUUACCCAUGGAUAAGAACGAAUUUCAAUCCCAAUACCAAAAUGGUGGAACACAUAUACUUACUUUGGGGUCCAAUAUUCACUGUCAGUUAGGAACUGGUAAUAAAGAUAAUAGACAGAAACUUUUUCAAUUACACAUUAAUCAAUUACAACAUCACACAGAUUUAACAAACUAUAAUCCAGUACGAUUCAAAGAUAUUCUAAUGACAAGGUACCAUUCUAUCCUCGUAACCACUGAUAAUAAGGUAUAUUCAUGCGGGAAUGGAACCCGAGGAAGAUUAGGGAAUCAUAACACUGACAACGUUUCUCAAGCAAACUAUGCGGAAAUUAUGGAUCUUAAUGACAUUGAUAUAAAUUUAGUUAGGACGAGUGAUCACCAUACAUUACUGUUAGAUGGUGAAAGUAAUUUGUACUCAUGGGGUUGGAAUGGUUACAAUCAAUUAGGAUACCCAACAAAGCAGCACAAUGAGAACACUAUCUUGGAAAAUGUAUGCAAUCCUUCUCCUAAACGAAUACCUUAUUUUGAAAAUAUUAAAUUGAAAAUCAUUGCAUGUUCAAAAAUCCAUUCGUGUGCCGUUUCCCAGGAUAAUAUGGUAUAUAUUUGGGGGUUAAAUGUGGGCCAAAUGGGUAAUAGUAAACCAAAACAUAUUACAUCAAAUAUUCCGUACAAGAAUUGGGAAGGAUAUAUUGUACCGAAACCUUUAAUAAUAAAUAUGUCGCAUUUGGUGGUUGUACAAGUGGUUUGUACCGAAUUUGUUACUUUUAUUAGAACUCAAGGAAAUGUUUUGCAUGUUUUGUCAAAUUAUUGCACAAGAACUUUCAAGAUAGUACUUCCCAAGGCUCGCAGUUUCAACGAACUAGAUGUGUUUGAUCAUUUUACGCCACGAGAAAUACCAAGCAAUGUUGUUGAUAUGAAAUGUACCAACGCAUAUGGUAAUAAUAUUGCAUUCCAAUAUCAAUGUGGUAGGAUUGGAAUUCUUAAUACUAAAAAGGAAUCACAAGAAAUGUGGUCCAAAUUUUCAAAUAAUCUACCAAUUUCAUUGGCAUGGAUACCGAACUGGAGAUCACGAAACUGUCAUACAUUUAAUGUAGGUUCAAAUGGUGCUCUGAUAUUGUGCACUAUUGCAGGCGAAGUAUUCUCUAAUUCAGCUUUAAAUGGCUCUUUUGAAAAGAUGUAUAGCAGCAAGCUUACCUCCGGUAAAUGUAUCGAUAUUGCUUGUGACUCUGCGAUGGAUUCUAUUAUUAUUCUGAAACAGGAAGGACAAAACACACCAGUUUUAUAUCCUAUGGAUGGUGUUAUUAGUAAUUUCUCACAGUAUUCUCCCUUUUGCAGAACAAGUUAUUCAAAAGAUGAUAUUAUGUAUGGAGGUAUCAGCCACCCAUUUCAAAGGGAUAGGUAUUUGAGUAACAAAAAGAAGAAAUCGUUGCACACAAGCUGGCGUAACGAGAAUUUACCUCGAGUGGGAAAAGCGUAUAAUCUCAAAAAGGACAAAACGUUUGACGUUGAAUUUGUCGAUAAAGAGACAGGGGCUACGGUGGCAUACUGCCAUAAAUUGGUGUUAAGUAGUCAAUGCAAAUCCUUUGUGAGAUCCCUACACGAGGAAAACCAGUUUUCAUUUAAAAACGUAAAAGUCUCAUUAAGAUUAAACUCAGAUUUUGAUCAGCGCGAAUGGGUUAUCCUCAUUGAAAGAGAGCGAGAUUAUUUGGCUUUUAAUGACGUUUUGAAGCAACUACUUCACUUUCUCUAUACUAAUGAGAUACCAUCAGAACAAAAAGCUUAUUCUUUAUUAGUGGAAAUGAUACAUGGAUCGCCUUAUCGCUCAGCUUUACUUGACGCUACAAAUUCUCUAUUGUCAAUGAUUUUGGAACCUCCUAAGCAAGUAAAACAAUACUCCUUUGAGAAACCGGAUGUUGUUAUUAUAUUAAAAGAUGGUAAAAUUCACGCACAUUCCUUAAUAUUGAGAACAGGUUCUCUUUUCUUUUCAAAUCUCCUACGAAGCAAAUAUGAAACUAUUGAUGAAUCUGGUUGUGUUGAAGUUAACCUUCAGCACAUCAAUACAGAUCAUUUCACGUAUCUACUUAAAUAUAUCUAUGGCACACAAUAUUGUGAUAUAUUUAAAGGUUGUUUUACAGGAACAUUUUCGGAAAACUUACAGAAAUUACUGGACAUCCUAUCUAUCACGGAUGAGUUUUCCUUUGAAUCAUUCAAGUCAUACCUUGAGGCAAUAAUUUCUAAUUUUAUCAAUGGAGAAACAGUUAUUCCCAUAUUGAUAAACGCACACUAUUCGGACUGUAAAGUACUGGUCUUGAAUUGUACAUUGUUUAUUUGUACACAUUUAGGGAUACUCUUUGUUAGGGAUAACUUACCCAUAAUUCAUCAACAUUUUACUACCAUAAUCUGGAAUAAUUUAGAAAACACACUGAGAGAUUUGAAAUCUCAGUCAACAAGUAUAAUUUCUCAAUAUUUAACGUGGUAUAGAGAUGAUUCUAUCCCGUGGUUGAAUAUUUUUAAAAGUAAUUUACAGUAUUUUAACGAGAAUUUUAUUUCAAAAAGUUCGAAAUUCGAACCAGUAUUUGACUUAAAACUUAAAAACAUUAAUACAAAGACUUCGAUGGAAAAUUCCAGGCGGCGAUCAUCAGUUCUUGAGACUCACAAGAAUCCUCAAUUAAUCAAGAAUCUAAAUGUGAAACAUCUACAAAAUAAUCAAAAAACUUCUGGCUCUGCAGGAACAAGUUCGGUCUGGGACAAGAAUGAGCCAGGUUCUAGUGGAACUACAGAUGAAGAAUUUAUACCAGUUAGUAAACGAGAUAAGAAAAAAAUUGGGGACUUGACCAAAAAAGUGCCAGAAACACUACAUUCUAAUCAGAGUGUUAAUAUAUCACCAGCCAAGAUUGUUUUACAUCAAUCGGACGUCAGCCCCGUGAAUUUACCAUCACUGCUGGUUCAGGGAAAUGAGGAGAGGGAGACAGCCCCGGAAACAGACGUUAAUAACAAAAAGGCAGGUAUAUUCAAAAAGUACUCUCAAAAAGAAAGAAAGCAGAAUAUUAGAAGCGAAAUUACAUCUGAUAGAGAACCUGAAGGAAAACAGGUGUGGAAACACGAUCGAAUAACUAAAGAAAACCCAACUUCAUCCAAUACAAAAAAAAAUUCGCUACCGUCAUUAUUAGAUGAUGAUAUUAUAGAUUUGAAAACUCCCAGAAAAAGAAAAGACAAAUCAACAUCUACGGUUGUAGGUGACGCCUCGCUUACAAUCCAAGGUAAUUCAGACAAUGUUCGAACGCAUCUUCCUUAUAAAUUAGCAAAUUAUGAAUUACAAGAUACUCUUGGAAGCCGCCCUACAUCUGACGCCACUGAAUUAGUGAAGAAACUGGAAGAGAAAGUAGCUGCGGAGGAGUUUGAAAAAUGGUUUGCUGAAGAGAGUACAAGAUUGCAAAAAACUUUGAAUUCCAGCCACAAGAAGAAAAGAGGUAAAAGACAGUUGGGCAAUGAAUUGAAAAUGAUCUAUGAAAGCUCUACAAAAAUGCCGGAUAUAAUAUCGGGAGAUAAUCUCGAUAAACCUAAAAGGAAGAUCAAGGGGAAAUUUCCAAGUAAACAUAAAGGUAAUAAAGUGCCUCUUUCAGAUUUACUUUAG